UGCCAUUUACCAUUUGUCUGUUUUGUUUACCAUCUACCCAUUAGUAUUGCUUAUUCACCCUUUUUUACCCUUAUUUACCUCUCAGUCGAUUUUCGCACCCAUCCACCCAAGGCCGGUUGCAUCAUUAGUGUUUAUUUACCCUCUAGAGUCUAUACACUAAAUAACGGUGCUGCGAGACAUUGAGUAGCAUAAUAUAAUAGUGUGUGUACCCUCUAACAUGCGUAUGUGAAAUAGACGACGCUUUUUAUUCGAGAAAGCUUAAAAAUCACUUGGGGGCAAACUACGUCAUGAUAUACAAUAGAUCAGGAAGUACCCAAGUAGAAACUAUAUUAUGAAGUGCAACGUAAUUUUUCUUGAUCUUAUUAUAAAACUGACAAAUAGUACUGAAGAUGAUUAAUGAAGAAACAUCUCGUUUAGCAACCCGUUAAAGACCUCCAAAGCGCCCCACCCACUCCGUCUCCAUGGCAACGAGAACGCCGCCAGGGACACAGCCCUCUCCCAGGGCCCCGAGCACCGUUAUCGAGGCAGUGAGCGGCCUGGCGGGGGCGCGGGCGUGUGGGCAGCAUGAGUGACGGGCUCCUGCAGCUGGAGGAGCCCAUGAAGAUAGCGGACGAUGGGACACUGGAGGCCUUUGAACCACAAGACGUGGAGGAGACGGAGGAUGAUCUACAAAUAAUAACAGCAGCUCUCAACCUUGAUGCUGAUGAAGAUGAGGAAGAGGAGGAGGAGACGGAGAGGGAGAGAGGAGAGAAAAUAAUCGACGUCUUGAUUCCUCCGAGCCAGUGGGAGGAAGAGGACGAGACGGGAACGCGAUGCAAAUGGAUACAGAGGGUAUCACGAGAGCCCCCUACAAGGACAGGUGUGAUACAGCUUUGGGAGCAACUCGAUCUCAAGAUAAAAGAGCAGCAAGCAAGACCAAGCGGGAUUUGUGCCAUAAGACGCUCCCUCUACCGCCAGUGUUUUGACGAGUUGAUUCGCCAGGUGACUCUUGACUGCCCUGAGCGAGGCCUUCUUCUGUCCAGGGUGCGGGACGAGGCUAGCAUGACGAUGUCCGCCUUCCUCUCCCUCUUCGUCAGCGCCUCCCACUUCGGCUCCUCCAAGGCCACGCAGGCGGAGGCGGGCAAGUGGGAGCUGGAGGGGGAGCUGCGGGCCCUGGAGGAGGAGGUGGCGGGGCUGCAGGCCGAGGUCAGGAGGCUCGAGGCGUGGAAGAGACAGGUGGGUCGUCGGUGGGAGGAGCGGCGGGAGGUGCAGGUGGCGCUCUUCUCCGAGGAGCUGGAGUGCCUGGAGAGGUCCGAGAAGCAGUACCAGGUGCUGAUUGAAACUCUCCUGGCCAGCCGGAACCCUUGAAGUGUCUCCUCCCAGUAUACGGUACUCUCACUGCAUAGAAAUAUAGACUACAAAUAAAUGUUAUUAAUAUGAGUA